AAAGAACAAUAUUAAAACAAUAUUUAAACGUUUUCGGCGGUUUAGUGAAGGUAUAGCAGGAAAGCCAAGGGCCAAGGCCCUAAGGAAAGGAGUGUGGAUGCCGUAAUUACCAGGGAUUUGAAAAAAAACUUAUCCCAAUAGAAAUGGAUCACUCCAAUCUACCAUUCAUGGGCCAAAUACAGAGGCCAUACUUUUGCAAGGAAGCAAUAAACAUAGGUGAAUUCUGUUCUUCCUUCAGCAAGGACCUUGCCACAAUUAUGCCAAAAGGAGCUGACUGGAUGACCAUGGCAGAGUCAAUGGACAUGCCACAAGCUGCAGUAAAUGAGGUAUCCAAAAUAUGCUCGGUGGACCACCUGCUAUGUGAGGGUGAGCCGGAUCCCUCGAACGUCAUUCCCAAGGGGACAGGCGCGCCACCGGAACUGCUCUCCGAGCGGAGAUUGUUUCCCAACAUCACCACUGACCUCACCGGCGGCUGGGGUGACGUCAUCAGUGACGAGGCGGCCACCAAGCUGGAGAGCCUCCGCUUUCACCGCCAGAGGAGCGGCGCUCUGAAGAGGCGCGUCAGCGUCUCCAAAGCGUUUCAGCGCUCGCUGCGCUUCACGGGCGAGGUUAGAUUGGAGUCGGACAGCACGCUGAGCCAGACCGGCCAGACGUACGUGCGGUCGCCGGCCAGUCUCGAGUCGCUAGUCUCCCUGCGCGUUUACCGCGGCACGCGACUCCACCCGGGCAACUCUCAGGCCAAGAGAAGCCAGCCGCCAACGGCGAAUGUAAGGGUGUUCGUGCUGAACCAGGAGCUGCUCUGUCUAGGCACCAACCAACUGUGUGACAUCAGAGACGAGAUCCGCUGUCCCAACGACAGUCUGGUGGUCAACGACUGCUCGGAGGACCCCGACAACACCACGCCCAUCACCGCCGAGGAGAUGUAUCCAUCUGGAUUCUUCUGCAUUGACGGCGUCUUCUACGUGGACGACCGCAGUCCACUCGCCAUCGACUACACGGAGCCGAUCCAGGAGUGGGCCACACUGCGCAGGAUGCCCGACCUCCGGCGCCGCUCCAUGAGUGGUGUGCGUGUCAGCGAGCUCAGCGUCCGGCUCGGCUACCCGUACAUCUACGUGCACCAGGGCGACUGCCGCCACAUCAUGGUCUUCUCGGACCUGCGCCUGUUCCGGCCCGGUGUGGACUCGGUCCAACGCUGCUACCCCCGGACGGUGGCCAUACGGCGGCGGCAGGAGGCCAGGGAGUGCCAUCUCUGCGACCGCGACAUACCCAGAUGGCUGACCAUGGACCACGAGCUCACGCCAACCAACCCGACGUUCUUCUGCGACAAAUGCUUCACAGACUUCAACUACCGGGGCCCGGGCCGAACGAACCCCGUCUGCAAGUUCAGAGCGUACCCGUUGGCCGCCACGAAAGGUACGGCCGGCCAGCCGCCGGCGGAUGGCGGAGAGCGAGGGACUGGGUCGGGGGACGACCAGAACGCGGGGCGCGCGGCGCCGCCGGCCCGCGGCCGCGUUCGGAAGGUGGCGCCGAAGAGCGGCGGCCCCGGUGGGCCGGGUGAUGAGGGGCAGGGCCCGACGGGCAGUGGAGACGUGCAGCGUGGGAGCAGUGCGGGGACGAGCGCGGCGGCCCCGGAUUCCUGAGGAGGGGGCUGGCGGGGAGGCGGGACCGGGGGCCGCAGCGGCAGACAGCGGCCGUCGCCGAGUAAACGAGAAGACUGCUGCCUGGGGGAGGCGGGGCGCUGCCAGAAGAAGACUUAGCAAACAACACUCCCGGAGAGUACAAAUGGCGUCGGGCCAGCAGCUCUGUGCGGUGACGGGGCCACGGGGCGGGUACGGGUGCCGUCGACAGGUGACAGCGUGUCGUAGGUGCGCACUGUGCGGUUCCGUCGCUUGCUGUGACGCCUUGUGCGGUGUUGAAACAUUACUCUCGUGCUGUUUUGUAUCGAAACGUUCCUUUUCUACCGGACUGUGUUGAGAUAUUACGUUUGUACCACCGUGUUUGGCGACAUUUAGUUUGUAGCGUUGUGUUCGUGCCAGCGUGUUAUUUAGGGGUUGGGCUGUGAUAUGCGUCCACCGGCGCGGCGGGGCCGUAAACUCCGUUCAAGGAGCCGGACGGUAGCCCCGGGGCGGGGAGCUUGGUCAGUGGUCGUUACUUUGUAAGUCGUCGUUACAUUACCAGCCGGCACUAGUCAAGGCUCUUCACGAGCAGAACACACUUUUUGUAAUAAAAUGAAAAUUAGGAA